AUGAGCCCUCUUCACACCAUAUCUGGAACAUUCUGGCCUGAAUUCACUUUUUCAUUUUCAAGGGUAAGAUUUUCUAUAUUUUAAAAAUAUUUUUAUAUUUAAAAAGCACCUAGUUACUUGGGAUUGUCUGACAUCACAAGGGAUCCAUCUUUGCAAACUAAAGGAUAGUUCAGAUGUUGCAAUAAACGGAAGUUGAAAUUUAACCAGCUACUCUUUCACUAGGAGAGUAACUUAUCUUCUCCUGCUAAUGGCCCCAGAACAAUACUCUCCCCCUGCACUUUUUAAUUCCUGCAAACACCAGUGUGAGUCAAGAGAAGGUGGGGAGUGGCUGAAAGCUAUCCCUGAAACUAGCAGCAUAAAAGAAUUCCUCCAGUGUGACUAUAAACCAAGAGGUAAGAGAGCAAGGGUUAAUAACCAGCUUUUCCCAAUUUGUAGCAUUACCUGAAUAGCUUUUACUUGUUUACCAUUACGAUUGCUAGGUUUUAUGGCACAAUAAAGAUACAGAAGCUCUCCUUCAGACAUUUUCAAAUCUCUUCAUUCUUGUUAGCCUUUUUUUAAAAAAAGGUUACAUAGCACUAGCAGCGCUGUUUAUUCCAUUGUAGUGUUGCCUAAAGGCUUGGGAACAUUUUAGACAAAUUAAAAAAAAAAACAACUGUGUACCAACUGGUUAAAUAUAUUUUGGUUGAUUUGAGGAACAAUUCCAUACCUCAGUUAUGCUGGCUGUGAGAUGACACAUUUUGGCAAAAGCCCUGCUACAGUAGCAGGACAUGAAAUAUACCACUGUCGUGACAGAUAAUAUCAACAGAAUGUUCUGCCAGUAAAUAUAUGGUAGUGGGAUGGGCAAAACAAAGUGGAGUAGUGCGCAGAGGCAAUGCUGGGGGAGUAGUCUGUGUUUAUGCUGUAUCCUGUACUCAGACCACGACUGUGCCCUUGUAAUAAUAAUUUAUUAUUUAUACUCCACCCAUCUGGCUGGGUUUCCCCAGCCACUCUGGGCGGCUUCCAACAAAAUGUUAAACUACAAUGGUCUGUUAAACAUGAAAAACUUCCCUAAGCAGGGCUGCCUUCAGAUGUCUUCUAAAAGUCUGGCUGUUCUUCUGUUUGACAUCUGGUGGGAGGGCAUUCCACAGGGCGGGUGCCACUACCGAGAAGGCCCUCUGCCUGGUUCCCUGUAACUUGGUUUCUCACAGUGAGGGAUCCGCCAGAAGGCCCUUGGCGCUGGACCUCAGUGUCCGGGCAGAACGAUGGGGGUGGAGACGCUCCUUCAGGUAUACUGGACUGAGGCUGUUUAGGGCUUUAAAGGUCAGCACCAACACUUUGAAUUGUGCUCAGAAACGUACCGGGAGCCAGUGUAGAUCUUUCAAGACCGGUGUUAUGUGGUCUCGGCGACACAGUCUGCGGGCAGAUAGGGUCUCAGUCUGCGUACCAGAUGGAGCUGGUAAACAGCUGCCCUGGACACAGAAUUGACCUGUGCCUCCAUGGACAGCUGUGAGACCAAAAUGACUCCCAGGCUGUGUACCUGUGUACCUUCAGGGCCACAGUUACCCCAUUCAGGACCAGGGAGUUCUCCACACCUGCCCGCCUCCUUUCCCCCCACAACGGUACUUCUGUCUUGUCAGGAUUCAACCUGUCUGUUAGCUGCCAUCCAUCCUCCAGCUGCCUCCAGACACUCACACAGGACCUUCACCACCUUCACUGGUUCUGAUUUGAAAGAGAUGAUCUCUUCCUGCUCCUGCAUGUAGGUGUUGAAAAGCAUGGGGGAGAGGACAGAACCCUGAGGCACCCCACAAGUGAGAGCCCAGGGGUCUGAACACUCAUCCCCCAACACCACUUUCUGAACAUGGCCCAGGAGGAAGGAGCGGAACCUCUGUAUAACAGUGCUCCCAGCUCCCAGCCCCUCUAGACGGUCCAGAAGGAUGUUAUGGUCAAUGGUAUCAAAAGCCGCUGAGAGGUCCAGCAGAACUAGGAAACAGCUCUCACCUUUAUCCCUAGCCUGCCGGAGAUCAUCGACCAGUGUGACCAAGGCAGUUUCAGUCCUGUGAUGAGCCCUGAAUCCCGACUGGAAGAGAUCCAAAUGCUCCGCUUCUUCCAGGCAUGCCUGGAGUUGUUCAGCAACCAUUCGCUCAAUCACCUUGCCCAAGAAUAGAAGAUUUGAGACUGGGCGAUAGUUGGCCAUAUUGGCCAGGUCUAAAGAUGUUUUUUUAAGAAGUGGUUUAAUGACCGCCUCUUUCAGCAGGUCUGGGAAGGUUCCCUCACAGAGAGAAGCAUUCACCACCACGCAAAGCCCAUUGUCCAGCCCUUCCCAGCUAGCUUUUAUAAGCCAGGAUGGGCAAGGAUCAAGGAGACAGGUGGUUGGUUGACCAUUUGGCUUUACACCACCACCAUAACUGGAGCAAUUGAUCUCCUCUACUAGUGGGGGACAAAGAUAGCCAUCAAUGUUCAGUCCACUCACAUUGCUGCAACCGAGCAUAAAAUAUGGUGUAACUUGGUGCCCAACUGCAGCACACCAGUAUGGGAAGCCCACAACUUGGAUAUUAGAGCAUGGGGCCUAUAUCUCUCCAGCCCCAUGUUGUACACACUAUGGAGGGGGCACUUUAAAUAAAAUGGCAGCACUUCACAAAAAGCAGCCUGCCUGCAGAGCACUCAGUGGAGUUUGAGCAUGUUGCAGUAAUAUUUCUGUCUAGAACCCCUACAGGUACCUUGCCAUGGGACUUCACAUGCAAACACUGCAACAGCAAUUGUCAUUCCACUGCAACUGGGAAUACCAGGAUAGAGUACCCAACACAGGUAAGCAAAGGAAAGGGGGAAUCAUGCUACAUUGUCUUAAUUGCUUAAACUGUCACCUAUGCCCACACACUUUGCAAUAUGGGAAUACUAUGUCUUAUCUAAGCUGUAUUUUUCUAAUGUGUCCCUCACAACAAUGGGAAGCCAUUUCCCCUAUAGACAAGGGUGGUACUCAUUGCCACACACAAGUUAUCUAUUGACAAAGGCAAGGCACUGCACUUUAGCUAUUACUGUUGUUGGUCAAAUACUCAUGAGCACUCUUGUCUUGCAGGAUCACAGCUCAGCUGCAUGGAAUAA